AUGCUUGAUGAGGGUAGUUGUAAUGUAAUUUGGAAUGAUGUUUAUGUCGUUGGCAAGAUGAUACUGGAAAUGACGAAAGCACUGAAACGAAUACGUCGAGGUCGGGUGAUUGAGGAGGGUGAGGUAGCUGAAGGUAGCGAUGAGGAGGAAGGCGAGAUGAAAGAGGAACAAGGCGAUGAGGUCACCAUUCAGAGCAACACUCCAGAUGGCAAAUGGCGAGUUAUCACGAAGCAUGUUGGUCAAAGUCGCUUGCUUAUAUUAAGAUUCAGCACGAGAGAAGAGUUGAAAAGGGGUCGUUCUAAACCAAAUGUUCGUAUGAUUAAAUCAGAAUCGAAAGAUGUAAUCGAUAGGGACGGAUUUUCGUACAAAUGGACGAAUCAAAAGAAUAGAGUCCGACCCGGUUUGAAUAUUUUCAACAAAGAUGGUGAUGAGUUGGAAUGGGACUACGAGCAUGAUACGAGGUUCUACGUUGACUUGGACGUACCUGAGAAGACUCCACCAAUACCAACGUUUACUUCACCACUGAAGCAACAGUCGCAAAAGAUGGCCGAAAAGUCUGCCGAGGAGGAUAAAACCGAUAGCAUACUAGGAAAACGAGCCGUAAAAACUAAAGGUCGAGGAUCAAAACGUUUCAAGGCAUUAGGUUUAGGAGGUUCUAUGGCUGCUGAUGACGAAGAGAAAUGUCAAGAAGAACGAAAACGUUUCUCAGCGAUGCAUUACCACGAUAUGGAUGACGAGAGUGAAGAUGAUUUGGAGAGCGAUUUGGAUUCGGAUCGUGAUCCUAGCCCUACACCACAGCCUUGGGAUAAAGUGAAAUCCAGUGGUCUACGAUCACGUAUCACAAGACCAAGCAGCACUGUACCUAGACGAGAUUAUUGA